UUUUGAAAGAGGAGUCGCUUGCUCCUGCUGCCGCAGCCGAAGCCGCAGGAAGAGCACGAGCGGGAGAGCCCGAGUGAAAUCUAGCAUCCUGCCGGCUGGUCUGCCUGCCCCCGCCUUCCUUUUCCCCCGGCCCCCGUCGCCUCCCCCAGUAGGUGCCAUCCGCCGCCAUCCGCCCUUUCUACCCCCCCAUCCCCAGGUGAGGGGGGUGAGUUCAGGAAGCGGAGACCCCGAGGAACCCAGCAGGGUCACCAUUUGCAGCGCAACAUGGCAGGAGCUGGAGGAGGGAAUGAUAUUCAGUGGUGUUUUUCUCAGGUGAAAGGAGCAGUAGAUGAUGAUGUAGCAGAAGGCAGAAGAUCUUUAAGGAGAGGGCCUUGCCAGACAUCGAGAACUACAUGUUUGAGACUCAUGAUCAACUGCAGCAGGCGGGCACCGAGUGCAUUUGCAACAUGGUGCUCCACAAGGAGGUACAGGAAAGGUUCUUGGCUGAUGGGAAUGACUGGCUGAAGCUGGCGGUGCUGCUCUCUGGGGAGGAUGAUGAUAAGGUGCAGAAUGUGGCUGCAGGGGCUCUGGCCAUGCUGACAGCAGCACACGAGAAACUGUGCCUCAAGAUGACUCAAGUGACAACCCAGUGGUUGGAGAUCCUCCAGCGGCUUUGCCUGCAUGACCAGCUGUCUGUCCAACACCGGGGCCUGGUCAUCGCCUACAACCUACUGGCAGCCGAUGCUGAGCUGGCCAAGAAGCUGGUGGAGAGUGAGCUGCUGGAGAUCCUGACUGUGGUGGGCAAACAGGAGCCAGAUGAGAAGAAGGCAGAAGUGGUUCAGACAGCCCGAGAAUGUCUCAUCAAGUGCAUGGAUUACGGCUUCAUUAAACCAGUGUCUUAG